CUAAAAGAAGAGAAUGCUAUCUUGAGAAACAAGAUCAAGAAGCUUCAGAUUCUGUCUGAAACUCAAGCAGACAAGAUGAGGAAGCUUGAGAAGAAGCUAGAGGAAAACAAAAUCAAAGAAGAGAAGGAAGCACAGGAUUUGGAAGCAAUGGUGCAGCACGUGGAGCAGAAUCUGCAGCUGAUGACUAAAAGGGCUGCCAAGGCUGAGAACAGUGCUGCCAAACUGAGGCAGGAGAAUGCACAGCUGCAGGCGGAGCUGAGGAAUUCCCGGCUGGAGCAGGAGGAGCUGCGGGCGGGGUUGGCCGCGGCCAAGCAGAACGCGGAGGCGGCGCUGCAGCAGCUGCUGCGGGUGACAGCCAGCUCCAGGGCAUCCAUCAGGCAGCUGCUGUCUGGAGCAGAAUCCCUGCAGCUCGUGGCUGAUCUCCUGAAAUCCAUAGACAGAAUUUCAGAGGUGUCAGAGGAUGGACACUGAGUGACUCACACAGCACGGAGCACUUUGUUUUCAUAUGGAAACCAUUACUAAAAAAUGAUUUUUU